CGUUAUACCGGAGAAAGAUAAACCUAUUAAGAUGAGAUGCUGGACGACUUUCCCUAACUACGUCCCAAUGGAACGUAACUUCCUGCUCUUUCCUUGGUGAAGACAGAAAAUUACCAUUUGGAAAAUAAAUGGAUUCAAGCUUAUAAUAUUUCAUGAGGUAAUAUAAUAAUAUUAUUGCAUAUCUUCAGUGUAAUCUGCCUAUCUACGUGUUUUGUAAACAAGCUCAGGCAUGGAGUCAAUCUGAAAACGCCGUAGUUGGAUAGGCUCAGCUUCUUUAAUGCGAUUAGUGUUAGGAUAUACUUUCUACUUUCUAUUUUUCCCAGCGUUAUCUGACUUUCUUGAUAGUGAUGGUGAACGUGAUAAUGCUGUGUCUGUAGCCUAUUUCAAAAAUAAAAGCUAAAGCAGUGUCCUUAAACGUUGAUGUAUGACGCGGUAAUAUUAUGGAGAUGUAUAACAGUCUAUGGUCACACGGUCUAUAAAAAAUGAAAUAAUAACUGAUAUGAACAUGUAGCCUAUAGUACAAUUUGAAAGUCACAAUUUCUAUACAUUUCACCUAUGCUCAAAGAAGUUAUAGGCUAAAUGCUUAUUAUUUUCACAAUAUAAUUUUGAGGUUACUGUAAAUAUGAUGAAAUCAGUUGUUACAUAAUUUACUCAAUUUCUCAAUAAUUUCAAGAGUGUAGAAAUUACAUUAAAUGUCAUAUUAAUCACCAAAACACCAGUUUGAUACAUGUUUCAGGGCCCUGUGAAGGUAUUCAAAGCUGAUUGACAUUAAAGCUAUGAGAGCUAUGGAUGCAAGGACUGACCAUCCAUGAUAUUAAAAUGAUAGUUUUAACUAUGUUUUGAGGCUAUACAGUGUUUGUUUAAUUUACAUUGUUUACAAACAUUGGAGUAAAUAAAACAAGCUUUUAUUUUGGGUUCUGAUGGGGUAAGACAGUUGAACUAAGCUCAUGAGGCAUUUAUAAGUCAUAUUCUUCAAGAAUCAAUGGGUGUAUUCAUUUAUAAGUCCAAAAUUGGUGUAGCAACUAUCAAUUCAAGCUUUAAGGUAAUAUAAAAAGUGAAACAAACAACAAUUCUAUCUGUUCUGUUUAAGAUGAAAAAUAUUAUUAUCCUUAAAUAAUGUUUAAAAUAUUAUUAUUAGUAUCAUUAUUAUAAUAGUUAACGAUUAAUAAUGAUAAUAAUAAUGAUAAUACUAUCAUUAUUAUUCACAAUAAUAUACUUAAUUAGUUUAUGCAGACUGACUGACAGAUAAUGAUUUUAGAACAUGCUUUUAGAAUUAUAUGAUCACAAAUUACAAUCAAAUAAUUUCAUCUACAUAUGGGAGUCUAAAUAAUGUCAUUCUUUUCAUUCAAUAAAUACCAAAAUACAUAGCACUCGAACAAUGAUGUGGGAUGUCUCUAAAAUAUGGACUAUAAACACUUUCACAUAUUUACAAUAAAUAAAAUCAUUUUUUAUUUUUUAUUUGACUCUAAACAUUACAUCCUGAGAUGUUCUGUUAGGUAGGAUACUGACAUUUGUAGCCAAUCAAUCAACUAAACAACUGAUUAAAACGUAGGCCUAAUUCACUUUUGUGGAGGGAAUCCAACAUUAGAGACCUGUUUUCCAGGUGAGAGAUUUUACAGCACCAUACUCACUUACUACUUUGGUGCCAUUACAUUUUUGUUGUGAUAGGUCAGUUUCACAUCCAAAAUUAUUUUGCGCUAAUGGCGCAAGCCCAAGGCUACGUGAUGGUGCAAGCCCAAGGCUACGUGAUGGCGCAAGCCCAAGGCUACGUGAUGGCGCAAGCCCAAGGCUACGUGAUGGCGCAAGCCCAAGGCUACGUGAUGUGAUUCUACUGACAUAGCUGAGUAGUAGCUGCCAGAGACAUACAUACAACAACAACAAAGGCGCAAUGUACUCACAUUAUGGAAGUGAUGCAUAGUCAGACAGGGCCCUCUCUCUCAUAUAAUAUGUCUCUCUUCUCUACUCUUUUCCUCUCUCUCCUCUAUCUCUUCUAUAUGAUAUCGCGCUUCUAUCUCUCUCUCUAGCUCAUCUCUCUCUCUCUCUCUCUCUCUCUCUCUCUUCUAUCUCCUCUCUCUCCUCUCUGUCUCCUCCUCUCUCUCUCUCUCUCUCUCUCUCUCUGUCUCUGCCACACAUCACCAUAUGCAUAAGACUGGCUGCUGUACAAAAUGGCAGGUCAGGUUUGAAUUUAUGGCAGCUGUCUCAAUAACAUGCAUCAUGCAUCAUGGCUAUACAUUUCAGACUGGGAGGCGAAAACACAGACACAGAUACACACGCACGCACGCACGCACGCACGCACGCACGCACGCACGCACGCACACACACACACACACACACAAAUAUGACACAAAAUGUACUGAGAUACAGAUACAGUACAUUGCAUGCUCUCCCCUCCAUUUAAUGUCAUGGUAUUGCUCCUCAUUAAAAACCCAAGAGUUGCCUAAAAGUAACAGUUGCUAAUUCAGUUUGGCCAGAUCCCAGCAUAUCGGAUUUACCACUGAGAAUAGCCUCCCUACUGCACCCAGGGUGCACACACACAGACACACACGCGCGCACACACGCACACACGCACACACACACACACAGGACAAUCUGCCAUGAAUAGUUUAGUGGAUUAUAUGUCUGGGAGUGACAUAGAUAUAAACAGAGGGCUAGCUCACCGUGUUUAGUUAAACAGGGUAAGUGAAAGGGCCCUGUUCAGGAGGGUAAAAAAGUACCACGGCUGAUUUGCAGCGCGCCUUAUCUUUAUUCGCUUUAGCAAAUGUCUGCGUUGGUUUACAGUUGGAGCUCCUUCUCUUUCAUCCUGAGAGAGAGCACUCACAUUGUUUACAUGCCUGAGAUUAAGGGAGGGCCGGGGUGAGUGUAAAGACUCUCCGAAAUGUACACUGUAUACCUUUAUAUGUGCGUCUCAAAUGGCACCCUAUUCCUCAUAUAGUGCAGUACUUUUGACCAGGGCCCAUAGGACUCUGUUCAAAAGUAGUGCACUAUAUAGGGAAUUAGGUGCCAUUUGGGACGUAGACCUACAGUUUAAGUCUGUAUGGUAAAAUGGAUGGGGGAAUGGUUGCUAUGGGAGAGGAGAGGGUCUUGUGAAACAGAACUGUAUGGAGCAGACGAGGCUAUACCAGGCUGUCUGUGUGUCUGUGUCUCUCAUGAAAAUAUGUUUGUCUUUGAGCUGGGUUUAGAGCCGUGAGAGAGCGAAGCUUAGCUGGUGAUCUGGACUAAUGGAAUGAACAGUGUUUAGGAGCCGUUACAUAAAACUAUCCCGCCGUAAUGCUAGAAGAGUAAAUAUUUAAUCCAACUCUUCUGAAGAACAAAUUAAUCUUGACCCCAUGUGCUUAAUAUCGUGGUCUCCAAGCAUGCAGGUUGAGGAAUUAGCUUAUGUCUAGAGUUUCAUAUGAUUUACAAGUUAAUAUGCAAAUAUAUAUUAUUGUCAUUUCAUUUAUCAAACUAAACGUCAGAGAAUGGAAAUGGAGAUGCUAUAACAGAAAUAUAAGUGUUCAAUAUGGCCGCUGGUCCACCCAUCACAGAGCGCAGACUUGAAUGGGAUUGUCCAUUCUAGUAAUUGUAAUUCUAUGGCCAGAAUGUUGCUUGAAUAUUUAUUAUUACCUAGUAGUUGUGUAUUAAUAUUAAGCACAACAGUGUAGUCGUAUGUGGGAAUAACUUCACUUGAAUGGGUCCAGUAAUUGAAAUUCUAUGUGUGGAACAAUCAAGUUUGCUAUCUACUAUUCCAUCUUUUCAUAUGAGUGGAGAGCAGAGCUGAGGGUACAGUUUACAGUAGACGAUUCAGAUACAAUUCCUCCUUUAAACUUACAUGGGACCUCACUGCAAACGUAGAUCGGCUCUAUUUUGCAUGAAUGAGGGCCCAUCAUCAUACAGUAUUUGGGUCAUUGUGACCAAAUUCCCCCAAUGGCACAUGGUCCUUGCUGCAGUGAUCCACCUUGAAAUGACUUUGCCUACAGAAUUCAACUGAUAUUUCUAUUAACAAUAGUUAGUAGCUUGGGGACAAAACAGUGACCUGGUUUCCAAGAACUGAAAAAUAAAUUCCAAGAAAUGUCCCAGAAUGAGAGAGCAUGCCUGAAUGAAUUAAUAUGCAGUUAAGAGUUAUUUUAAUUUCUCUCAUUGCUAACAUUUGUUGAUGAAUACACACCUUCAAGUGUGUAUUAUUGCAGUGCAACAAUGAGGCAUUGACUUCCGUAUCCUUGAAAUUUCCUUAUAAGGUUUGAUAUUUAAAAAAUGUAUCUACCAGAAAUGUUAACUCAUUUAAACAAUUUAUUUUUGCGUUAUCGUUCAAUAAAAAAAGUAAUUCAUAAAAUGUAUAAUUUUAUUGCGUAAAUAACAGAGACAAAUUAAAAUAGACUUGUCUUUUACGCAGAGCAGGUUUUCUUCCUAAAACAGACAGGAAUUCCAUUGAAGAACGUCACGGUGUGGGAUGACGAGUCCCCUUCAGUUCAUAAGUUCCGUUUUUUCCUCCCAUUGGACAUUCUACAAAUGUUCAUUAGAAAAUAUUGAAUUAAUUAGCAGCUUUCCAGUAAGAUGUGUUUAAUUUCCUUACAGUAUUAAUAUACAUUAUUAUUGUAGAAAUACAAAAUGAACAGCAAUUACUGUACAAGUACAUUAUAUAAAUGUACUUAAUGUCAAUUAGUAGUUGAAAAAAUCAAUAAAAGCUAAAUAUUUAGUCAUGAUGAAAUAUUAGGCCAUAUUUCUUUAGGGACAGGGUUCAUCUUUGUAUCUUGAAGGUGUGUUACAUUUUGUUUGUGCACAGUGUAUUUCCUUGGAACAUAUUUUGUCCAGUCCAUUUUAUGGGAAUGUGUUAUUUAAGUAUUUUAAGUAUUUUAAGUAUUUUAAGUUCUAUAUAAUGUAAUUCUAUGGUCCAUGUAUUGUAAGUCUGUGUAUUGUAAGUCUGUGUAUUGAACUGAAGCCGUUGUUCGUCUCAUAGAGAUGCUCCAGGAGAAGGCCUCAGCUGUGACGGAUGACAGUGUGACUGGGGUCCAGCCUGGAGGGCCCCCAGACCUCAGCCCUGACUCCUCACACCUGGGCCUGCCUACAACUCCCAGCAUCCCCCAGGGCAAUGAGCCAGACCAGGUAAUCAUGAGUAUUGUAGGCUCUCAACACAGAGCCAGAACCAGAACUGCAAAGGUAUUAUAUGUUCAGAAGUUUCCUAUUCUUGGAAAUGGCCAAAUAGGUAUGUUUCCUUGCUCUCAAUUUCAAUGAUCUUAGCUAUUAUUAAGGAAGUCGUUGACUUGUUAACAAAAUUAUUGGCCAUAUUAAAUCGUGGGUGUUUUUAUUUCUUGUCGGGGCACAGUGGGUGGACACCCUAUCAAUUGGGAAAUAUUUAUUGAGAAUGAACUGGUUUAACUUAAAAAUCCAGAUGACAUAAUCUGAUUGUCUAUAAGCCCACAACAGGUUGCCAACCCUCAUGGCUGUUUCUACCUUUCUCUAUUUAGAAUAUUGAGAACAUUAAGGUUCUUCUUCAUGAGAGGGAGCUGUGGAAGAAAUUCCAUGAGGCGGGAACAGAGAUGAUCAUAACGAAAGCAGGCAGGUGAGUACCUACAGUUCAUAUAUCGCAGCAAAUACAUGGGCUAUACCAUAUUAGUAGACUAGCACUACACAUUCUAUACUAUACUACACCAUACUAAACUGUACUAGACUCAUCUCAGAUUCCCCCAAAAUAUGGGUUACUUCUGCUAAUUGAGUAGCUGCUUUCAUUAGUGAUAAACUGUAGUCAUUAUGGCACCUCCAUUUUGAGCAGCUAUGACCAUCUAUCUGUUGGCGCUAAGGCAACCAAUUACACCAUGCUACAGUUAUGGCGCCCUGGGUCUCAGGUAGAGUAAAUUAACAGACAUAAUUUCUGCCCCAGUGAAUAUCUAAUUGAAAACACAAACCCACAGCUCUGCUCUGUGUUAGAUUUAAUGCAGCCCUGUGGAUUAGACAGUCUGGCCCUUAACCUGGACUUUAACCAGAAGAUGAGUAGAUGCUUUCUAACCAACCUCCGCCCACCCCUCAUUCCUCACAGGGGCUUUUUUCCCAGUCCAAAAUGUAAAAGGUCACCACAAUUUUUCUUUAAUGCCGCAUCACUGUGAGAGAUGGGCUUUCCCUUGUCCAGCUGAUAAAGUGCGCUGAGAAUCCCUUAAAACCUUUGAAGGGCCCGGCCUCAUAGUGAUGCUUAGCUACGCAGCUCCACCAGCUGCACUCAGCUGGAAAACCUGACUGACUGACUAGGCUUAUACAGUCAGUCAGCCUGAGAAGCCAGAGAAGAGCAGGGCGGCAUCCCAAAUGGCACCCUUUUCCCUUUAUAGUGCACUACUUUUGACCCGAGCCCAUGGUGAGCAUGAAUAGGGUGCCAUUUGAGACGCACACCAGGUUUAUGUUACUCGGUAAUGGAGUAGGAGCUUCUACAGUACGUCUUUCAACAAUUCUAAGAAUGAACUCUGUCUGAACUGAUGUGAAGAAAUGUUAUUGAACAUAAAAAUGUAUUGUAAAUGAAACCAGUUGUAGGCCACAACACUGUGGGCGAGAGUUGGUUUUGUCGAGAAUGUUGUAGGUAGGAUAAAGAAAAACUGUAGGGGCCAAAAUCAUAAUCAUAAUUUUUUGCAGGUAUAUCGCUAUGUACAAAUGAUGAGUAAACAUAGCAAGGCUGCUUCACUGCUACACCAGCUCUAGCUAGACAUUUUGCUCUGCAGGCUCUAACAGAAAUAUUGUUGUUCAAGGUGCAACUGAGACUGCCAAAACAAUUAAAUGCCAAUUUAUUCCAACACUGACUUUUUCAGAGAAGAAUCUGGAAGGAACAUCAAGCAGUAGUGCUAGGUGCUGCUAGAUGCUAAAGGAUCUGACGAGCUAGCAGGUUUUAAUCCCUCUCAGUACUUGAAGAAUGAAUGAAUGAACAAAUUAAUAAAUUAAUGAAUGAAGGUUCUCAGGAACAUUUUCUCUUGGAAGGGAUAACAGUGAGAGGUCAACACCGUAUAGAGGGCGGGCAGUGUCCAGUCAGCACUCCUUGGAAGGGGCAGAGUGAGGGGCCGGGGCUAGGAAGAAGUUAUGGCUGUUUCUUUAGACUAGACCGUGGCUUGGGAAACAUACUGCCAGUUCAGCCCUUCACCCUCUUACAGUGCAGCUUGGCCUUCAGCCUCUUACAGUGCAGCUUGGCCCUUCAGCCUCUUACAGUGCGGCUUGGCCCUUCAGCCUCUUGCAGUGCAGCUUGGCCCUUCAGCCUCUUACAGUGCGGCUUGGCCCUUCAGCCUCUUGCAGUGCAGCUUGGCCCUUCAGCCUCUUACAGUGCAGCUUGGCCCUUCAGCCUCUUACAGUGCAGCUUGGCCCUUCAGCCUCUUACAGUGCAGCUUGGCCCUUCAGCCUCUUACAGUGCAGCUUGGCCCUUCAGCCUCUUACAGUGCAGCUUGGCCCUUCAGCCUCUUACAGUGCAGUCAGUGAACUCCUGACUGAGGAACGUAGAUGUAGUUUGUUAUUGUGAGUGCCGCAGUCCCAGUCUUAAUCCUUGCUCUUCAACGUACCCAGGCAGUGCUCCAACUCUCCCCUCUUUCUUUCUGUACACACAGCGCUCCUUCUCUCCUCUCUUUCUGUCUGUACACAGCCAGUCAGUGGGAGCGGUGGCGGAGGGGUGAUAAGAGUACCCCGGGGCCCGCUUUCAGCGGCGUCUAGCGGGGCCUGGAGCGCUCCAUCAUCCCCCCGCCGCUCCUUUUGAUCUCCCUCAGUGCUGGAGGUUCCCAGAGACUGGAUCGGAGUCCCAAAUGGCACCCUAUUCCAUGUAUAGUGAACUACUAUUGACCAGAGCCCUAUGGGCCUUGGUAAAAAGUAAAUGGAAUAGGGUGCCAUUUGGGAUGCUGCCUGGAUAGAUCCCUGGACUGGAGGGCCUAGGAGGCAAGGAGGCUCAUAGUGCUGGGCUGCUAGGAAUGAAACAGCUGGCACACACCACACAAACACACUGACACUGAUAUCAUACAUAUUCUCCAUCUCCACUUGUCAUUCUCUCCAGUCCUCUGCACACACAAACACUCUCUCAGGCACGCACGUUCACAGAAAACACAUGCCUUGGGAAAAUGUGGAAUCAGCUGGUCCUGACUGCUCCUGAGUUUUGACAGGCACUUGCUCUAACAAACUUAUCCCUUUCCAUUGUUCAUUCACUGUCAUAUUCCGUUUUUGAUGACACAAAGGCAUGCUUUAGAGUAAAGUCCUGCACUUCAAGGGGAUGGACAGUAAAGCUUGGAUAUUGUAUCAUCGCUGUUUGGCAGCUUUGCCAUGGAAACCACAGCAUCCGUCAUCAGGCAGGGCUGAGGUGGCUGAGCCAUCGAGGUCCCCGAUUAGCCAUUAGCCAUGCUAUGUGAUUCAGUGUGGCCCCCCUCGCAGAGCUGUGCUGUGGACCCCUUCGCGGAGCUGAGUCUUUUGGAAAUGGACUCAGAUAGGGAGAUGGUAAUUCUGGGGCCCGAUCGAACACGGUUUCCACCCUAACUGUACACCACUAUUUCGACUCAUGAGUCAUGUCUUUGUGAGAAAAUGAAAUCAUUCUUAUGGAUGUGCUGAAAAGCCAUCAGCAAUAAUGGCAGGCUGGGUUAUAUAGAAAUAGCCUUAUAUCCUUCUAGAGACCUCCUGAUCUGUUGACACAGGCCUCCAUAUGGGCCUGGUUGGAUGGUGUGAGUGGGGCUGGGAUGAGCUGCAGGUCUGUUUUGGAUGUUCCCCUCAGAUUAAAAUGUCUUUCUGUGAGCAUGACACCAGGACUGAUCUCCUCACUGAUUGGAUUUGGAGCCUGAGAGAGAGACGGAGGGAGAUUACCUGCCUUCAAUCCCCUCAACCGUACGGGAUGGGUUGAGUAUUUACAGUGAUGUGAUCCAUGAACUAGGGCUCCUGUCAGGCCAGAAAGAUCUGGGAUGGGUCCUUUGAAGCCUUAUGCGUUAGCAGCAGAUAGAGGCUGGGUCCCAAAUGGCACCCUAUUCGCUAUAUAGUGCACUACUUUUGAUGCAUCCCAGAGCCUUAUGCUUGGCCUGCUUAGGGGGCCCCCUGCUAUCUGCCUGCUCUUACAUUCAUCUGUUCAGAGAGCAUGUCACCGUCAGCCUUUCACAAGUGUGUCUCACACUCCCACUAUUUUAACCUGUUGCCAGGAGAAGGGGAAGCAGCAGAUCAACUGUACUGGAGUACAGACCCUUUGACCGACCCUACUCUCAGGGGGUGAUGCGGUACGAUGACAAGUCAGAUGUAAAAACUGCUGUCCGAUCCGAACCGCCAUUAAAAAGCACUUAGGGGUUUAUAAAGGGUGCUGCAGAUCCCUUUGCAACUUUUUGCUUUGACGCAGAUUGGAUGAAAAAGAGAGCCAUUUCUCAGGGAAGAGGUCAUGGAAGGUAGCGCCAUUCAUGUGCUUUAUGGCCUUGUCUGCUAUAUUAGCAUAUUCUGUCUAUCAUUCCUGAGUCACUCCCUCUCGCUCUCUGAGACGGAUGAGAACAGAGAGCUACACUCACAGCUUUCCUACACUUGUCUUUUUAUGGCGCUGCUGCCGCUGCGCUCUCUCUGAGAUGUUGAUCAAUGAGAUGUCAACCUUUAUUCACCCACUCAAAAAGACAGCCAGAAGUUUGUUGAAUUCCCAAUGUGUUAUCACUAUGCUUUCAACCAUCUAAAAGCACAACCAAAUUCCAAUGGAUUUUUUUUCUUCAGAUUUUUGGUGAAGUUGUCAGCGAAAUGUGUUAUCACUGCGCUUUCAACCAUUUAAAAGCACAGCAAAGUUCAAAUGGGAAUACAAUAUCAGAUAUUUUGUAUUCAUACAACAACUUAAUGUGUUAUCACCGUGCUUCAUCUAAAAACACAACCAAAUGACCUGGAUUGUAGUUGAGAUUACAUAAAAAGUACAUAGUGCGAGUGAUCAAUGCUGUUCGAGAUUCUGCGCAGAUUAUUAUAGCAAUUGUGAAGAUCUCCACAGAUCUGCGACCUUUGCAUGCUGUCUUGAACAUGCACGUGUUCUAUGAUUAUAUAAGAAGACAUUUAUAGUUCCAUUAGGCUAACCUCAAAAUGUGGCCAUGGAUGUGUUACUCAUUUUAAGGUUGAAUAAAUACUGUUACAUUAGUUUGUAAGAAAGCCUUAAUUUUAGGCUAUUGACUGUAUUACAAAAGUAAUAUUGAAUUGUGUUUGGUUGACAACGCAACCAAAUAUCAACAUUUAAAGGAGAUCUAAUGCUUGGAUAGUAUAUAGUUUCAUCUGAGCCACUGGCUUAAUCCUAUUCUUUAACUUUUAUUUUUGGUUUAGUUGGAGACGUGAAUCCAACAUGUAAUUUGUUAAUUUACCGACAAGUUAAUAGGCUAUUUACUGUAUUACAUAAGUGAUAGGGCCCGAUUCCAAUUUAGGAAAUUAGCCUUUCUUAUGCACGCCUUUCCUACGCACUUCUCAGUAGUUGGUAUUCAGACGUACCUUUUGUAGGUGCGUAACGGGCUUUGCAGGCGUGGUUCUCUUGCCCGCACUGAAUAAAUGUAAUUCAACCUUGAAAACCCUCCCACUUGCUGGUCAAUAUAUCUUCUCAUGGAGUUUUCAUUCAAUAGGGUUUUCAUUACAUUUAUCUUAAGCCAUCCCUUUAAAUACGGUGUACCUUUUAGUUAGAAUUUUGUCCACAGACUCACUAGAAUAUAUCGAGAGAACGGGUUCAGAAUAUUAGGGAUCAUGAAAGAAAGCCAUCUAAAUAUAUGCAUAUUAUUCUAUGUUUCAGCACCAAUUGGUAGAUAAAAACAAUACUCUGAUCUUGUAGAUUAUUUAGGGUUAGGAAAGUAUUUAGGAAUCAUAAAAACAGGUUAGGAGAGCCUUUAUGCACGAAAGUAAGAAAACAGUGGUUUGAUUAAUUCAGAAAAUUGCCACAUUCAGUUCUUUAACCCAUGGUAAUGUUGGAAGAUUAGUGUACAUAUAAUUACAAUAGGGAGAAUAGUGUACAGUAGUAGGCUAUACCCUUGUCUAUUGCCUGCACUAACCAUGGAACCGUGUGAUGACACAGCCAAGUAUUGCUCCAUGCAUCAGGUUCAAACUGUUACAGCUUGGUCUGCGCUUCGCUCCAUAACGAUUUAAUUAGCCUACAUGUCUUUUUAAAAAUAUUAACAACUGUUACUAAUGAUCCUCAGCAACAACCACAUGGCCGUGAUGGCGUUUACAGAAGAAGCAAAUGAACGUAAACGAAACAAUGUAAUGAAAUGGAAUGAUAAUGUAGGCUAUACCUCUGCCACACCUUAAUGUAUUCGAGCUCCACCCCAAAAUAAUAGCGGGUGAAUGCCAUGCUUUUCUCAUGCUUAAGUUCAAGGUCAGUAUACGCGUAGAGAGAAAAGUGCAUAAAAAUGUUCCAUUUACGCACGCUUAACUCGUGUUGGAACCGGCUCCAUAUUGAAUUGUGUUUGGUUGUCUGUAUACCCCCCCUACCUUGUCACAACACAACUGAUUGGCUCAAACGCAUUAAGAAGGAAAGAAAUUCCACAAAUUAACUUUUAACAAGGCACACCUGUUAAUUGAAAUGCAUUCCAGGUGACUACCUCAUGAAGCUGGUUGAGAGAAUGCCAAGAGUGUGCAAAGCUGUCAUCAAGGCAAAGGGUGGCUAUUUGAAGAAUCUCAAAUAUAAAAUAUAUUUUGAUUUGUUUAACACUUUUUUGGUUACUACAUGAUCAAAAGCUGUUGAUGACUUUGCAAAUGCUAUAUAGGCCUAAAUAGUAUAAUUGAUUAUAUAUGACUUAUAAAGUAUGUUUACAUUUCAUUUGCUCUGUUAAACCUAUCCCUUUGGAAUGACUUUGAUAGCAAGAGUGAAUAGAUUUAGUUAUUAAGAGAUCUCACAGUAAUCAUUCUCAUGAUAGUACAUUGUUAGUAGUGAGUGACAAAUAUCAAAGCUAAGCAGGUCUGGGCUUGGUUAUAACCCUGUAUGGGAGACCAAAUGAAUAGCUCUAACUAGAUCAACUCUCCAGUAGGAGGUGCUGCCCAGCCUACAGUUUUUUUUUCUGAUAGUGGAUAUAAUGUCGAAAGCUGAGCUACACAGGGCUACACGAUUUUUUCAAAUCCAAUGUAUUUUCCACGUAGAUUCCAUGUCACAAUACGUUGACAAAUUACAUUGAAACAACGUUGAUUCAACCAGUUUGUGCCCAGUGGGAUUGUACUUUACAUACCUCCCUCAACUGUGAUCUCCUGUGACCUCUCUAGCUCCUUACUCAUCCCAAUCAGUCUCUAAGCCUGGCGUGAGCCGCUUUCUGAGCGCUAAUUGUCCGCUCAUCUGCCGCGGGGAGAACACUUUCCGUGCUGAUGCUACACUCAGGGCUGGCUAAAACCCUCCUGCAAAGCCGGAGAAGAGCCUCUUAUGCAUGCUUACACUGUGCGCUCAGCCCCAUGGAGAGACACCUUGGGGCUCAAGCCGAUUUUCAUUAGCUCAUCUCAAGAGGCAAAUCUUUUCCAGGUUAAGCUAGCUAGGUGAGGGAAGGUACUUAGGUGCUCAAAAAGCUUGGGUGAAAUCAUCGCCCAAAGCGCCUUAUCACCUUGAUUCCCGUUCAAAGCUCCAAGGUGUGAGUGCAGCACGAAGACAAAAGGCAUUAAAUAAACCUCUGUAUUUACGGGUCUUACGAUACUAAAGGUGCUUAGAAGCUAAUGGCAAGUCUUUCCAAAUUGGAUCAGGAUGAGGUGACGUUGUCACCAAUAACGAAACACCUGCUGACCCAAUUCGUGUUUGAGUGAGUUGGGGAGCGAGCAUAAGGUCUAGUGGGUAUUAUGGUGGGUGAAAUCAUCGUCAUUAGGGAAUGUCUAAUUUAAUUUAAGACCCUUCUCGUGUCCUUCACAGGAGGAUGUUCCCCAGCUACAAGGUGAAAGUGACAGGCAUGAACCCCAAAACCAAGUACAUCCUCCUCACAGACAUCGUCCCCGCUGAUGACCAUCGCUACAAGUUCUGCGACAACAAGUGGUGAGUUUAGUCAGAGACACCUUUUUUAAAAUGUUAUUCUUUAUUUAACAUGGAAGACCCUUGAGAUAAGGAAUCUCCUUUACGAGGGAAACCUGGUCACCAAGACAGCAGCUAUACACUCAAUACAAAAAUGUACAUAUUAAAAACAGACAAUACAGCAAUACAUACAACACAUCAGUAUACAAAAUAUACAAAGACAAUUAUAAAAUCCUGCCAAAAACCUUGUCAGGGCAGUUCUUCCAGUUUGCAUUAUUGCUCAAGUUCUCUAAGCUCAGGGCUUAGAUGAGUAACAUCCUUAAUGGUUGUUAUGAGAAAUCUACCCAUUCGUCUCUGUCUCAGAUGCUGCUUGGCUUUAGACCUCAGGAGGCAGGGAUGUUUUGAAAUGGAAAGGGGGGUCAAGAAAUGGGGUGGUGAGGGAGGUUGGGGAGGGAGCGGUGAGCUUAAGCAAGGUGAAAAUAGCUCUUCUCAACCCCACAGCUUCAUCCCCACCUCUCUGCAGAGGACUUCCUCUCACCUUGGGAAAAGAAUCACCAACGCUGUAGAGUAGACAAUAACGGUGGGUGCAAAUGAGAGAGACAUUUAACACUCUCAGACAGUUUUAUAUGCUUGAGGUGAUGCUGCCUCCCACAUUCAGUAUACACACAGACAAGCAGUACACACACACACACACAUCCCUGGCGGAGGGCCCUGUUCCCAGCAGGCUCUGGAACAAACACUUUACAUGCUGUGACAUCAUUAUGCAAACCAAAUAAAUGGAAGGGUACAAAUGAACAUGUUUUCUGCGUUAUAUUCUUUAUUUAUACCGCCUCUCCUUUCACAAUGUCAUGUUGGAUAAUGGAACGUUGUUACAUGUGUAACCAGUGGCGACCUGUCAUUCAGACAUUAAUUUUUUUGGGGGGCUUGCCUGUUUUGCAUGUUAUUUUUGCAUUAAUACGUCUCACAUAUCAGUUUGCAAACAAUGUAAAAAAAAUAUAUAAUUGAGUUACAGUUUUUCUCGAUUGUUUACACACAUUUUCUGAAAGCAUGCCUCAUAUUCUCAGAACUCUACACACAAAUCAAAAAACACACACACAAUGGGCAAAACCCCUCAAUUCUCCAGCAAAAUGAAACUUUACAUUCAAAACAAUGUUAUUUCUUAUCAAAAUGGUAUUUUGUUUUCAAAUGACACACACAAACCAUCAUAUGAAUAUACAUUUAUAAGAACCAGUUGAACACUGAUGUGCUCAAUGUAAAACACUAUGAUGAAUGGAAAACACUUCUUCUCCAUUCAUCAUAAUGACUUAGGCCUUUUUUUGGUUCAGUGUUGCCAUUAUUACAGACAGUACAUACAUAAGUGUGUUGUAAAAUAUUUGAGAAUAUUGUUUUUAUACUCAGAACACACAAAUACACAGUAACAAAUAUAUUUCAUUUUCCCCACAAAAACAAUGUACACAGUGUACAUCCCAUUCCCAACCAACACAAAGUUGCACAUACAGUGGUCUACAUACAAAACAGAAGAAUUUAAUGUAUACAGUUACAGUAAAAAAAAUAAAAAAAUAAAAAACUAUGCUGCAUCCUCUCUUCUGUUGCGGUCUGGCCACAGCACCUCAUCCACAUCACAAGCAAUGUUUUCCCUGGCCAAGCAGCGGGGGAAAUAUCGCCUAGCAUGGCGAUUCCAGCCAUAAAGCAUCAGCUGCUAUAUCUCCACAUGCGUCUUCCAUAGCUUGGAGAAGAGGUAUACGCGUUUGUGGAUUUCGGUCAUACACUUUCCAUCUCCAGGCAGAAAAAAAUUCCUCAAUAGGAUUGAGGAAUGGAGAAUAUGGAGGGAGAUAAACAACUAAAAAGCGUGGGUGGGCAGUGAACCAGUUACGAACAAGAGCAGCCGUGUGGAAACUUACGUUGUCCCAAAUGACAACGUACCUGAGCUGCUCUGGGCCAUCUACCUGAUCUGGAGGAAUGAGUGUGUUGUGUAGGGUGUCCAGGAAUGUGAUCAGAUGGGCGGUGUUGUAGGGGCCAAGGGUAGCAUGGUGAUGGAUGACGCCGUGGUGGGUAAUCGCUGCACACAUUGUGAUGUUCCCUCCGCGCUGGCCAGGGACUUGAACAAUGGCACGCUGGCCGAUGAUAUUCCUUCCCCUCUUUCGUAUUUUUGUGAGGUUGAAUCCAACCUCAUCAAUGAAGAUGAACUGGUGCUCCACUGCAGCCACCUCUAGCUCAAGGACUCUCUGAAACACACAUGACAAUAUCAGAAAUAGACAUGGAGUGGUCACUAUUGUGAUGCACAAUCAUUAUGAUUACAAUACUGAAAUAUGUAUAAUUUAUACAAUGUUGAGAGUAUGCAUCAAUUGUGGGAUUGUAUAGGACUCACUUGCACAUAGUUAUAUCGCAAUUAUUUGACUCUUUCUGAAUUGCGUUCAAAUGGCACCCUGUAGACCUGCUUCAUCCUGAGAUUAUUUCUGCGCAAGACACGGUCCAGUGUUGAUAAGCUUACCCUAUCAAUAUUUUGAAAUAUCUCAUUGUUUUCUAUAAUUUUUCUUUGUAUUUGCCGUAAUGUUAUGGCGUUAUUUUCUAGGACCAUGUUCAUGAUUUCAGUUUCCUGUUCAGGAGACAGAACACGUUCCCGACCACCUUGUGUUGGUAAUCUUUCAGUUCUGCCAAACAAAUAGUAAAAUGCUGUAAAUACAAAGUAGAAAUACAUUUCCCAAAUACUUAAAACAUACUUUAUUUUUACAGCCCUACAGAACAGUCCACAGGCAAUACUGUACUACUAUACUCAUUGAGUACUGUAUUGAUAUGCUGUACUGCAAUUUUCUAGUGAGAGUAGAUUUCUUACCUAUUCUCAUUUCGGAAUGUCCGGAUGAUGGAUGCUACAGUGUACCUGCUCAAUUUUGGCUGUACUCUUUGCCCAGCCUCCCUCAUUGUUAGACCAUGGUUGACCACAUGAUCAACCAAAGUGGCUCGGAUCUCAUCAGAGAUUACGGUCCUUGGCCUUCCUCGUCCUCGUCCUCGUCCUUGUCCUCCCCGUCCUCCUCCUCUUACUCUCACUCCUCUGGCUCUGCCUCUGUUUCCAAUGUUGGCAUCCAUUGCUCCAAAACAGAAGAGCUCACCUGUUGCCCUUUUAUGCUAAAGCUCUGAUUGCUAAUUGUAAAACUGUGUGACGGGUGUUUGCCCAUGUGAUGAGUCAGUGUGCAUAUUUGAAUGGCAGUGUGUUCAUUGUGAAAACAAGAGAUUUUCUGCAUGAAAAUUGUGCCAAAUGCAAAGAUUUGUGUGUAGUGUUUUGAAAAAAGUGUGUUGUAGAACUGCAAUUUGAGUGUAAAGCAGGAAUUGUGCUUGUAGUUUAGCAGAAUUGGUUCAGGGGGUUGGUGCAUGAGUUACAUGUUGUGGUCAUUGUGUCUCAAGUACCAGUAUUUGUGUGUAAAGAAUUGAGAAAAACUGUAAUAAAGCCGCAUACAAACAUGGUCUCUUUUUUGUUUUCUUGAGUAAGGCAGCUCCAAAAUGCAGGUGUUUCAGCCUAGCUCAGUGCUUUCUGUGGUGGUGGGGCAAGCCAGCAGAAAAUAGGAGCGUUGCGCUGUGAUUGGCUCAGUGCUCUGUCACUCAUGGGGACACUACAUCACCACCAAGUCUAAGUCCUUAGUAAGGGUAGACAUCGAAAAUUCUAGCCCGUUGGGUCCUGCCAUAGAGUUAGAAGUGCCCUUCCAAGAAGGCUCAAGGUCAUUGGCCAUAGAUAAAAUGACGUCAAAUUACGUUAUAUGAACAGUAGCUUUGACUGGACUGAUCAUGUCAACAUCUUACUUUAUAAAUCUUAGCUAGCAGUCAUCAUCAUGAAUCAAGUCGACAAUCUACUGGCAAAUCCUUUUUAAUCCUUGUCAUAUGAAGAGAAAUAAUGAAGAGAAAUUAUAGAUAAAACGUAUCAGUGCUCAUCGGCCAUUGGACAUAAACAAGUUGGAAAUCGCAAAUUCAACAAUGAGUGGUUUGGAAAGAAUCGGUGACAGUGGCUAACUGCAAGUAUUGCAAAGCAAUCACUAGCCUGCUAUUCAGUGGAGUGUCUGUGUGGUCCCAAAUCUGUGAUUAAGGGUCUCUUUUCCAAGCUUAAAAUGAUAAACAUUCAACAUUGGCCAUGCUGUCAAUGAAGCAUGAUUUGUGCCGCGCUCAAAACAACUGUGAACUCGGAACUGCGAAAACUUGACUUCCAGUGAGUUCAAGACAACUGGGAAGUCGGGAAUAAACAUGCUCCGACUGGGAAAAGACAUUUUGAACGGUCAUCCAACUCGGAAUUGUAAAUCCAGCCACUUUCUUUGAUGACAGAAUUUGCCCACGAAGGACCGCCGCGCCACCUUCCUGUUCAAGUAAGCACAACAACGUGAGUCCAAAAAUGUAUUGUAUGCUGCUGCAUAAAUUAUGUAAUAUGCCAGGGAGAUAUGUAUACUGUAGCUAAGAAAUUUAUACUAAGUGUAUGUUGUGUAGUAAGCUGUUAGUAGCCCAUGUGCCUCACACUAAUAAUUUGGUAUAUUUUCACCUCUUAAUUUCGCCUACUGUUCUGACUUGGUGGUGCACAUGUAGCCUAUAACCUGUUUUAGAGAAAUGUAAUCAUCGGAAAUUGUUAGAGCUUUCAUUGUCUGCUUAUAUGCCCCCUUUAUUUAUCCUACGGUUCUGACUUGGUGUACAGGGAGAACACUGUAAGAACGGCCCAUGUUCUGAAUUCUGUCGCUGUACAUUUCAAAAGUGCUGAACAAAUAGUUAUAUUGACUACGUCUGUCGUACCUCUUUCAUUGUCUUAAUCGAAAUUACGGAUCGCCUCUUAUCCGCUUGUCGUCCCCUUAUGCCAUAGUUUGUACAUCUCAAUUGUCAGUAGAAACCACAUUUGUUUAAGCAAGUCAACCAUAUCAGCUAUGUUUUUUUAAAAGGCAGUAAAUGAUGCUGAAUGAACUGUUUCGCUGCCAGACAAGGCUCCGCUGAUAGCCAGGUGUAGCAAUGGUAAGGUGUUGGGACAGCUUUAUGUAGGCCCUAACAGUUUGUGGGUUGUCACCGUUAUAGUGCAAUUAAUGUAUUGUUUAGUGUUGUGUUGUGUAGUGGCUAUGCUGGCAUGCAUCACAAUGUAUUUAUUUUUGCCCCACCAAGAUUUACAUGCUAAAAUUGCCACUGUGUGUAACCAUACAGCACCAAAAAGGAUGGUAACCAUAGCGGAUCCCUUUUUGGUGCUAUAUACAACCAUUUUUUUAAGGUUCUAUAAAGAACCAUGCUCAUACGGUUCUAAAUGGAACCUUUAUGGUGCUAUAAAGAACCCUUUCCUAUAAAGAACUAUAAAAAAAGGUUCUAUAUAGGACCAAAAAGGGUUCCGCUAUGGUUAUAACCCUUUUUGGUGCUUUAUACAGUACAACACUUUUUAAAGGUUCUUUAUAGAACCUUUAUGGAGAUUGGUUCUAUAAAAAACAAUUUUCAAUCUCAAAAGUUCUACAAAGAACCUUUUGAAGAACCAUACAGGGUUAUUUUUUUCUGGUUAGCCAUAUUAUAUUGUUAAAAUUCCAUAGGUUAUAUUAUUGUGUUCGUUGACAAGUUGAAUCAGGUGUGCUAGCUCUGGAAAGGCUGGGGGUCCUUAAGGAGAGAAUUGAGAACCACUGACUUACACAACAGUGGGCCAGUCUCAAUUGACACAAGGCCAUACCAUACGUGAGUCUUACACAAAACACCGUCAUUGGCCAUAGUCAUUUUCAACAUGGCAUAACAAAAAAGAUUAGAUAAACUGGAAUGACUCUCACUCACAGUUGUACAAAAAGAAUGGUGCGCAAACCACGCUCCAAAAUAUUCUAAUGAGCUGCCGCACCUACAUUUUAAUUAUCACUAAAAGAGGAAAGAACUCUUUUUUGACUCUGCAAACUGCAAAGAACCAUUGAAGGGCUCAAAUGGUUAUUUGGGUCAGUAUGGAUCCACAUAGAACCAUCACCCUUUACAAAGAACUCUUCAGGAACCCUCAUUUUUGUGUGUGUAUUGGUUAACAACAUUUGCUUGUGUUCAAGACCAACAUGUGUGAUGUUCAUCUCCUACUCAUCUGUUAAUUCGUUCAUCUGUAUCCGUUCAUUGAUGGAAUGGAGAGAUGGAGCGUGAGUCCAGGCACUUGCUGCCUCCAGUCAUGGAAUGCCUAAAUUUUGUCUGUUGUGGUUGAAUAAUGAGGAAAACCAACUGGUUUCUGUCAAUUUAAUCAUUGCUCUUGUGAAAAGGAGUGGCCUAAUCCCCUCUUCCCACAAAAAGGGGAUCGUUUAAGACAAAAAGGACAUUCUUCCAACCAUUUUCAAACAUCCUGGCUGCAGAGAAAAAUCACCACUUCUCAGAAUGAGAGAGAUGAUGCAAAUACAGUAUGAUGAUCAUCAGAAUCUCUAGUACUGUAAUAUUUUAAGUGACAAGUCCACAGGCAACUUUGUUGUUAUUGAGGUCAUGUUAUAAUAGUGCCAUGCCAUGCAUGCUCCUUUGUUAUUUCAGAGCACACCAAGAGCAGAACCUCAUGUCUCAGUCGCUGUGCUAACUAAACUGUAGCUACGGAUCGUCAUUAGCACACAGUUCAUUACCACAGGGCACUGGCAAGCCGCCUGUCAAAACCUACAGGCUAAAAACAGCUGGGCUGUACCCGCUGUCCUUCCAGUGACCCUAUGCCUUGGGUGAUGCCUAGAUGGGAUACAGCUUAUGUUAGAAUUGACCAGAAAUAAUUGACUUUUCGUAACAGGUUUGGAGAAUUAACAUAGCAGGUUAGGUUAAGGUUAGGAAAAGGGUUAAGGUUAGCUAAAAUGCAACUUUUGACAUCAAUUUGACAUAAACUGUAUCCCUCUAGCCAUGACCGGUGAUGCCACCACAGCCUGCUUCUGCCGCUGCCCACCGGAGCGGCAUCAACCGUUGGCACUGCCGGCCGUGCAAAUUACAAAACAACCGUAUCCAGGGUAGGGUGUACUGAAACCAGAACCCGACGUCACGCCAAGAAAAGAAAAGGAUGCAUCCCAAAUGGUGCCCUAAUCCCAGGGCCCAUAGUCAAAAGUAGUGCACAAUGUAGGGAAUAGGGUACCAUUUGAGACGCAGCCAAAGCCUCCAUAAAAUGCACCGCUUUGCUUUCUCCAGCAGAAACCCAGCCAUUUCUUUUUUUACAGCCAUUUGUUCCAGAUCUUUGUGGGAUGGCCUGGAAGGGCCUGGAAUCCCAGCGUUUGCCAGCGUGGGGUUCUGGAGUCUCUCAGCGACACCUUGGAGGAGCGUAAUUAGCAGUGAUGUUACGGUUGAAGCAGCCACCACCACCACCUCCAGUCUGGGGGAAUGGUUCCCAUAGCCCAUAUUGUGAGGGCUGAAACCGCUGCCAUUAUUGACUGUAGCUACAUGUGUUUGGUAUAAAAAUGGAUUCUUCAGUCUGAGCGGCCAAUCGGUGAGCCUGAAUGGAGUCGUGUGGCUGCUGGAAGAUUUGGCCAUGCCGUGACAAGAGGUUGACAAUAGGGUUUGCUAGAUCACAGGGCUGCUGGGUUGCAUAUGUUUGCUGGAUUGCUACAAUGGCUGAGCCAUCUUGGCAGAGUAAUGGUCGUUGGUUGCUGCAAGCCAAGGGGUCCUUAUGAUGAUGAUGACGUUGCGCCUUAAUUUUUCUCUUCAUCUCUCUCUCUCUCUCCUUCCCACUCUCGUUCUUCUCUCUCUUCUUCUCUUUCUACUCAGGAUGGUGGCAGGCAAGGCGGAGCCGGCCAUGCCAGGGAGGCUCUAUGUCCAUCCAGACUCCCCGGCUACAGGAGCCCACUGGAUGAGGCAGAUGGUGUCCUUCCAGAAGCUAAAGCUCACCAACAACCACCUGGACCCCUUUGGCCAUGUGAGUGACCCUCAGUCUACCUACCUACAGGAUCCCAGCACACAGGCUAACAUUCACUCAAAUAUACUAAAAAUACAUGUAACAGUAACAAGAACAGACCACAACAAAACGAUGGGCAUAUGCUGGACAAUUGCCCAACAACAACAACAGGUAUUUUGGCCAGGUGACCCCACACCUGGCCCUUAAAGUCACUAAGAUCACCAACACUUGGGGGAGUAACAGGAGUACUUUGUCACAGAGCCAAGUGGUCUGCCUGUCACAACAGUUGCAUCAGCAGGGCCAAGUGAUCAACAGCUUGACUGCUCAAAAUAAUGCAGGACGAGAGAGAGAAGAGAGAGAGAGAGGAGAAGAGAGAGAAGAGAGAGAGAGAGAGAGAGAGUUGAGAGAAAGAGAGAGAUAGAGGAGAGAGAUAGAGAUAGAGCAGAGAUAGAUGGAUAGAGCGCUCAUAGAGCUCAGUCGAGAGACGUGAGAGAUAUAGACGAGCAGAGAGCUAUGAGAGAGAUCCUUGCGAGUCGCUCGGCGACGCUAGUUUUCAAAGCGCAUCGAUAAGCUCGCUCCUACGAUCAAUUACGCCGUCUCGCUUGCGGCCUACCCCCCUCUUCUUCGUGCUGCUCUCCUUGAGCGUUGGGCCAGUUAUCACUCGAAAGGUUGCCUGGAUUGAUACCCGAAAGAUGGACAAGGUAAAAAUCUGUCGUGCUGCCCCCUGAGCAAGCAGUUAACCCACUGCUCCCCGGGUGCCGAUGAUUGUCGAUUAAGGCAGCCCCCCGCACCUCUCUGAUUCAGAGGGGUUGGGUUAAAUGCGGAACACACAUUUCAGUUGAAUGCAUUCAGUUGUACAACUGACUAGGUAUCCCCCUUUACUGAUGCCUCACAAUGUAGGUCAAUUCAUAUCCCAGGAAGGCACUGGGUCAUUUCACACAAUAGAGCUUCUCACUUCUCCUGGCCAUGUAAAACAAGAUGGGACUGGACACGGCUCAUUUUGUCAAAACUACACAGUAGAUGAGACUUAAAUAGACUGGUGUUAAAACAACAGCAGAAUAUAUGUGUUUUUUAACAAGAGACAGAGUCAUAAAGCUGUCUUCAUGAAAAGAGAGGGAUAGAGGAGAGAGGGGCAAGGAGUCGAGGAAAGAUGGCCAGAGAGGAAAAGGAAGAGAGCAGGAGAGAGGGUGAAAGAGGGAGUGACGGAGAGAGAAGAGAGGGAGAGAGAGAAAGCAUAUGAGAGAAAGUGAGUGUCUUGCCACAGAGGGAAGUGAGAAGUGUGACUGCGGUAGCAGUGCUGCCCAGAGGAACUCUGAGAAGACUUGUCCAAAGCCAUCCCGUCAGAAGGCGAGCUCAUUAGGUUCAUAACCCUCUGGGAUCAGCGGCGGGGCCCGCUGUCAGGUUGAGUCCGCCGCCUGGAUAGUGAUAAGGGUGAAUAAUGAGGACAAAGAGAGAGAGAGAGGCCAGGUCUCACUAAGCCCUGCUGAUAGAACAGCCCACGCCAGCAGGGGAGCCAGAGAGCCUCUCCCUCUGGCCUGCAUAGCACUGGAUCCACGACUCGGGAGUGACUAAAACAAAUCCUGGCUAGGGGGACCCACUAAACCAGGGGUGUCAAAUAUAUGGCAUACGGCCCAUGGUGGUGGGGGGGGGGGGGGGGUAAAAUCCAGCUCGCUAAUAAUCACUGAAAUGAAAGCUAGACAGUCAGGGAGCAUAGAAAAUUGAAGACCGAAUGCGGCCCCAGGGCAAAAUGAGUUCGACACCCCUGCUCUAAACUGACCCACAGUUGAAAUAAAACAGCUUGUGAAGUAAGCUAAUGACAGUCAAUGACAGACUCUGUUGUUUGUGCAUUUGAGAGUGUGUCUUUUCAAGUGUGUUUGUUUAUGUAUAUGAGAGUAUGCGGUCUGCAUUAUUGUGUGUGCAAGUAUGUGGGUCAGCAUGGCUGCUAGUCCACAGUCCAGAGCAGGAUGGCCGUCAGCUUGAUUCAACCUCAGAUCUAUGACAACCGUUCCCUUUCCUGACCAUCCCCCACAAACUCUGCCCCUCCCUUCGCUGCUGACCUGCUCAGCAUCAGCAGUAAAAACACUAUCACUGAUCUGGGAUCUGGGCUCCCACUGACCCGUGCUACUGUUGACCAAGAGAUGGUCCAAGGAAUCAUUCCUGAAAUGCUGUCACUUCCCAGCUGUCACUGAGUGUCUUGGUUUAUAAACCAGUUAGUAGACUGUCUGGGGCUGGCAUUUUUACCCAAAAGAUGAAAGAGAGAAUGCACAAUUUGGUUCUGGAUUGAUCCAAGGAAGGCUUGUCCUGAUCAAUGCAACCAGACAGCACAGAGAGAGUCAGACUCCUUCUUGCACUGCCUCCAGACAGACACUGGCCAGACUAGCAGACUAGACAAAGGUCGUCACCAGAGAGUCUCCAGUCAACCAACCAGUAGCUUAUCUCUAUCCGUUCCCUGUCACUACAGAGUCUGUAGCCAGCCAAUGAACCAAUUGAUUAUCUCUAUCUGAAACUUGCCUCAGCAAAAGGGGGCAGGGGCAUGUGAGCAUUGGGCUGUUCAGGGUGCAACCAUGACCCCGGCCGGCUGUGGCCUGAUAGCACAGGAGGCUGCUGAGGGGAGGAUGGCUCAUAAUAAUGGCUGGAAUGGAGUGAAUGGAAUGGUAUAAAACACAUGGAAACCAUGCAUUUGAUGUUUUCGAUACCAUUAAAUGUAUUCCGUUCCAGCCAUUACUAUGAGCCUGUCCUCCCCAAUUAGUCUUAACCCCUUUCUGUGGUAGCCUCCUGGAGGGGCUGGCCUCUUAAGACAAGGCUCUGGUACCACUGGGCUAUGAGUCUAGAAGGUAGGAUAGGUGGGAGAGCUUGACGCUCAUCGGCCCUGACAGAGCUGCGCUGGAGAUGACCCUGCUCCAACCCUGCUGACGCUCCAGUGAGCAUGUGGCAAGGCUACUGGGCUACUCUGAGCAGACUGGUGCCGAUGUGCUGACCUAGCCCCACCCCCCUCCCCCCCAACCUAAACAUUGAGCACGCUCCACAUGUGCUGAUUGAUGCACUAUACAGUUGCAACUCAAGUGUGACAAAGGGGUGCCCACUUUUCAGUAUCAACACGUUGAACUACAGUACAUUUACAAAUGUCCACAUUGUAUGGACAAAGUUGGGCAUUGUAUGCACACUAAUGCUGACUCCAGUAGCAUUAAAAUAGGCUUACCUCCAAAAAAGGCUAGCCAUGGAAAACCUGAGCAUCUUAAGCACCCCAUUCACACUAUGAGUCAAUUCAAGUCAAUACAUCACUUGGCAUUUAGCAUCUAGGCCAGGGACAACCAUUAAUUUAAAGGGGGAAAAACUAGCCUCAAAAAAAAAAAAACAUCUUAAAAAGGCUUAAGACUGUGGUGGUGGCUGGUCAUUCACUGGUGCCCCUAAGAGGACUGUGUGCUGUGAUCGACUCGGGAGUGACUAAAACAAAUCCUGGCUAGGGGGAUUUUCGUUCGUUGUUCGUCUGACCUUGUACUUGUUUUUAUUUUCUUCUACCUUUCCUUCUUUCCCCCUGAUAGAUAAUCCUGAACUCCAUGCACAAGUACCAGCCUCGGCUCCACAUCGUCAAGGCCGACGAGAACAAUGCCUUUGGGUCUAAGAACACUGCCUACUGCACUCACGUGUUUCACGAGACAGCCUUCAUCUCCGUCACCUCAUACCAGAACCAUAAGGUACAGUAUGUCUUCUGCACACAUAGUCUGAUGUUUCUAAUGUCAGUAAUAAGAGAGCAUGUCUUCAAAAUCCAAAAUGGACAGUUAUAGAUCGUCAAGUUUUCAUAGUCAAGUUUUGACUGAACCUAGCUGCACAUUUCAUGAUGAGUCUCGAGUGCAGUGACAAGAUAUGUUGCUGUCUUCCUAGAUAACUCAGCUGAAGAUCGAGAACAACCCGUUUGCCAAGGGUUUCCGUGGCAGCGACGAAGGGGACCUGCGUGUCUCCAGACUCCAGGGGUAUGUUCUGUAUGUUUAUGGGAAUGUGCCACUCAAUAAAAGUAUAUGGAAUACUUACUUUAUCAUGGAAACAAUUCUACUUUUGGCACAGUACAUCAUUCAUUGGAACCAUUUUAUCUUUUUGGAACUUGUUCCAUUUCUUCCUUUAGCAGAUUUUUUUCCCCAUCUGUGAAUGAAUUAACUGUGCUUGCUUCCUUUAAUACAUUGCUCUCUCUCUGCAAAGUAGAAUCUGUAACGCAAGUGUUGGGGAGUAGUGAACUACAUUUAGUUAAACUAGUAAUUAAAUUACAUUUUGCAGUAGCUUGGUGGUAGUUUAACUAAAUUCAAAUCUUGGUAGUGUUUUCAGUAGUUGCCAUGUAAGGGUGUAGCUAACUACUGUAACUACACACUACUAUUUUUUUUGCAAAAAUAAAAUAAAAUAUGGGUGUAGGCAAGAAUGUACCUUUAUGCACCCGAUACUAGCAAUGAUAGGGUUGUAAUAUUAAAUAACAUUUAUAGUAAGCAUAGUAUUUUAUAAAAGGAUAAAACGACAUAACAAGCAGAAUAAUACAUCUUUAAAUACAAAUAAUUAGAACAUGGCUUUUUUGACGGGAGGUUGUUGUUUUGGCGGAUGGUUGUUGUGGUUGGUCCUGUGUUCUCUCUGGCGUCCUUUCCCCCUUGCGGCAGAUGUGGAUGCGGGUGCGUUUGCACGCUCGGCCCAUUUCUUCCGCAGUCAACCAUGUGGUGUGCAUUUUUGUGUUUGAAAAGGUGCGGCGUUAAGUGAGUGAGAGGGGAAAUGGUUGCAUAUCCCAGAGCCGACCGGGGGUCUAUGAGCAGGGGUAGUGAGAGAGAGCUUUCAAUUUUGUGUAGAUGAGGGAUAUACAUUUUUAAAUAUAGUAUAAAUCUAAUCUAAUUUUUUAUUGUCCUAUCAUGAUGGAAAGAUCCCCCCUAACCCUAUAACCUGGACACCCACCUGAGCGACCCAUACACCAAAGAGAAGUUCCCAUCUCUUUUAUGGACCUGCUGUGAGUAUGCAGCCUAAACAGAUAAAUAAAUGCGGUCAGAGACCUACUUGAGCAGCACCGCCCCCUCAAGAUUCUGAGCCUGCCUGGCAGGGUUGGUCCUACAAAGCCAGAGCCCACUGAUGGGAGAGCAUAAUAUACAAGGAAAUUCUCAAAGCUGCUAAUGAGAACCUUGACGACCUUUUACCUAGCCGGUGGGGAUUCCGGUGGGGUACGCCCACCCAGGUAGUGGCAGUGCUGGCAACACUGGCUGCAGUAACCCAUGGGGAGGGGGUCACACUCGGACAAUCAGAGAGGGGGUUUAUCAUUGUGGCCCAGGUGGCACAAAAUAAUCAAAGGUCUGACCGCACAGAGAUGCUUGGGAAAAUGGUUACAACAGGGGAUCAGAGUGUUUGUGUCUCAGGUGAAGAGGGUGGAUCUGAUCUCCAUCAACUAGGACUUGACAUAGAUUAAGUAGAUUAAUCAAAUCUCACAUUCUUAUCAAUUUCUGCUCAAUCUGCAUGCUUUCUCAAUCAGCUUUAACUGUAUGUGCACUCGUAAAUCAGGUUAUUUCUCGAGUUGGGCUCUGGGAUAUAACAGCCGUUGAGUAUCUGAUUUUAUGGUGGAUUGUGGAGGAGGGGGGUUGAGUGUGUUGGAGUAUGUGAGUAUGUGCGUGUGUGCUUGUCUGGCAUCUGUUGUGGGGGGGUGGGGAUGUUGGGGGGGGGGGGGGGGGGUAUGGGAUUGACCACGGGAAUUAUUUGCUAGGAUAAUAAUUGCUUGUCAAUGAAUUAAAUGUAAUACAAUGGCAAUCCGGGUUAUAUGUUAAAAUCCUACGCGUGAACUGCCGACAUUAUUACCCAUAUUAAUUGAUAAUGAUGGAAAAUAGGAUAUGCAUAAUUUUUCAAAAAUAGUUAUAUAUACAGUGGGGAGAACAAGUAUUUGAUACACUGCCGAUUUUGCAGGUUUUCCUACUUACAAAGCAUUUAGAGGUCUGUAAUUUUUAUCAUAGGUACACUUCAACUGUGAGAGACGGAAUCUAAAACAAAAAUCCAGAAAAUCACAUUGUAUGAUUUUUAAGUAAUUAAUUUGCAUUUUAUUGCAUGACAUAAGUAUUUGAUCACCUACCAACCAGUAAGAAUUCUGGCUCUCACAGACCUGUUAGUUUUUCUUUAAGAAGCCCUCCUGUUCUCCACUCAUUACCUGUAUUAACUGCACCUGUUUGAACUCGUUACCUGUAUAAAAGACACCUGUCCACACACUCAAUCAAACAGACGCCAACCUCUCCACAAUGGCAAAGACCAGAGAGCUGUGUAAGGACAUCAGGGAUCAAAUUGUAGACCUGCACAAGGCUGGGAUGGGCUACAGGACAAUAGGCAAGCAGCUUGGUGAGAAGGCAACAACUGUUGGCGCAAUUAUUAGAAAAUGGAAGAAGUUCAAGAUGACGGUCAAUCAACCUCGGUCUGGGGCUCCAUGCAAGAUCUCACCUCGUGGGGCAUCAAUGAUCAUGAGGAAGGUGAGGGAUCAGCCCAGAACUACACGGCAGGACCUGGUCAAUGACCUGAAGAGAGCUGGGACCACAGUCUCAAAGAAAACCAUUAGUAACACACUACGCCGUCAUGGAUUAAAAUCCUGCUGCGCACGCAAGGUCCCCCUGCUCAAGCCAGUGCAUGUCCAGGCCCGUCUGAAGUUUGCCAAUGACCAUCUGGAUGAUCCAGAGGAGGAAUGGGAGAAGGUCAUGUGGUCUGAUGAGACAAAAAUAGAGCUUUUUAGUCUAAACUCCACUCGCCGUGUUUGGAGGAAGAAGAAGGAUGAGUACAACCCCAAGAACACCAUCCCAACCGUGAAGCAUGGAGGUGGAAACAUCAUUCUUUGGGGAUGCUUUUCUGCAAAGGGGACAGGACGACUGCACCGUAUUGAGGGGAGGAUGGAUGGGGCCAUGUAUCGCGAGAUCUUGGCCAACAACCUCCUUCCCUCAGUAAGAGCAUUGAAGAUGGGUCGUGGCUGGGUCUUCCAGCAUGACAACAACCCGAAACACACAGCCAGGGCAACUAAGGAGUGGCUCCGUAAGAAGCAUCUCAAGGUCCUGGAGUGGCCUAGCCAGUCUCCAGACCUGAACCCAAUAGAAAAUCUUUGGAGGGAGCUGAAAGUCCGUAUUGCCCAGCGACAGCCCCGAAACCUGAAUGAUCUGGAGAAGGUCUGUAUGGAGGAGUGGGCCAAAAUCCCUGCUGCAGUGUGUGCAAACCUGGUCAAGACCUACAGGAAACGUAUGAUCUCUGUAAUUGCAAACAAAGGUUUCUGUACCAAAUAUUAAGUUCUGCUUUUCUGAUGUAUCAAAUAGUUAUGUCAUGCAAUAAAAUGCAAAUUAAUUACUUAAAAAUCAUACAAUGUGAUUUUCUGGAUUUUUGUUUUAGAUUCCGUCUCUCACAGUUGAAGUGUACCUAUGAUAAAAAAUUACAGACCUCUACAUGCUUUGUAAGUAGGAAAACCUGCAAAAUCGGCAGUGUAUCAAAUACUUGUUCUCCCCACUGUAUAUAUAUAAUAGAAUUAUUGUAAAAUUAACUGUGUCCAUAAGGUGUAGAUAGUAAGUAUAGGCCGGAAGUAGAGGCCUGGGCAUUGUUGUUCACUAAUUUACUCCAAGUAGGGAAAGGAUGGCGGGGUUGAAAAGUAAUAAAGGGGAGUAUAUAUAUAAAAAAAACAUGGGGGAAGUGAUGCAGACAAUUACAUUGAUAGAAGAUACAAUCUAUCUGCAAUAUUAAGCUGAUCCAUCCCCCAGAAAAAAAAAGAAAAAAAGAACAAAUAAUGUACCUUUAAAAAAGUAAAAAAUGUAUCAGGCCUGCCUAAUUCUCACUUGAAACUCUUUUUCUGUGCAUAAUUUACACUUUUUGUCUUUAAAUUACACAUUCUGUCAACAUCUGACUCCAGAGUGAAUUGUUCUUGCAAUUUGUAGUCUAUGACAUUUCAGAUUUAGAUAUAACUUUUCACUAAGUAGUUUGGAUGUAGUGAACAACUUUUUCUAAGUAACUUUAGUUAAGUAAGCUAUGUUUUUCUUAAGGGUAGCUUUGGUGUAGCUUAACUUCUUCCAGUGUGAAGUAAUUGGUAGCUUGUUAAACAAUAUUUUCAGAGUAGCUUCCCCAACACUGUAACGCUAAUCCUUCUGUUCUUGUUUCUCCAUCUUCCUGUCCGUAGAAAAGACUACCCAGUGAUUUCUAAGAACAUGGUUCGCCAGAGGCUCCUCUCCUCACACGGUCACCUGACGGGGCACCCCCAGGUCCUGUCCCACUACCAGUAUGAGGGUGGGGUGCCUCUGGGGAACUCAGACCACCAGGAACACAUCUCCAAUCCCUUCCCUCCCAGCCGAGAGCCCAGCCUGCUCUACCACUGCUUCAAACACAGAGGUGGGUUAGCUACAGACCUACCUGAACAUCUCCAUACCUGUCAAUCACAGAAAAUGGGAAGUCCUCAUUAGUCUUUCAGAAAACGUUGUUGUCUUGCAACACAUCUUUUGGUGCUACACAUCAAUAUCACACAAUAUAAAUGGGUUGGUACACAGUUCCGAACAGUAUGAAGAAGCAUCAUAGGACAGCAGGGUGAUACAUUGAGUUUUUUCGUUCAGUUAUGAUGAUUCAAUCUUCAUUUCUUUACAGAUAACACCAGGCACCUGGAACUGGGUUGUAAACGGACGUAUCUGGACACGGCGCCUCCAUCAAUCUCGGAGGAACACUACUUCCGCUCUCCUCCCUCCUACGAGCCUCCACUGCUGUCCCACCCCUACUGCGGUGAGGCCAUAAGCUCCAGGGAGGCCUGUAUGUACGGAGGGAUGGAAGGAGAGAACGGCCACGGGGCUGUGGGUGCUGACGACCUGGUUCCCCCCUCUCUGAACUGCAACAUGUGGGCGUCGGUGCAGCCUUACCCCCGGUAUAGUGUGCAGACAGUGGAGGCCGUCCCCUACCAGCCCUUCACUGCUCACUUCACCAGUACUGCCACCGCCACCUCCGUGGUGCCCCACCACACCCCCUCCGGACCCUCACGCCCCCAGCCCGACAUAGGAGUCUACAGUCCAGCCACAGCACAGCGAGGCCUGGCCGCCAUCCCCUCGUCAUCCUCCGCCUCGUCUUCCUCUCCACCAGUUCCUGGUUCCGGGGAUAGCAGGCCGGUGGUCCAUCCUCCUCUGUACCACAGGAAGCCUGGGCCUGGGUCUCCUCUCCUGCCUCACAGGGAGUUCUCGGCCUUCCCAACACAGAGCGCCCCCCCAUCCAUCCGGGACCCGUUCUACCAGUACCAGAUGGGGCAGAGCAGUGUAGGGGCCCACUGGAAUGAUAGCUAGGGCUAGGGGGUGCUGUGUGGCUCCUGAGGCAGCGGCGAUGUCCACCCACACGGUCGGUCCAGAAUCAACCAGAUUCCCCCUAGCCAGCCAGCCAACGUUGAACUGCCUGUGAGGCAUCUGAAGUGAGAUUAUGUUGAAAUACAGCCAUGAAAACCUUGCCAAGUUGCACAUUGGAAGCUAUAGUAGUUUAGCAUGAGGGGAAGCAGAUCAGAGUGGCCAAACUCCAAUAGAAACCUACAUCUGCCCAAAGGCUCUGCACCUUCAGACCCAUGUUAUCCUGACUGGAGGAGCAUCGUGACUGUGAUGAUGAUGAUGAGUAUUCCAGAGGAAGAACCCCUCUAUAGAAUUCUGCAAAAGCAUGCCAUAUAAUGGCUUAAGAAAAUCAUCCAAAACGAUCAAUGUCAAACAGUGUCAAAAGGAGAUGUGUUCAGCAAAGUGAAGAAUAUCCAUUAUGCCUUUGAUGUGUUUGAAGUAGUGUGUUUAGGAUUAAGAUGGACACGUAUGUACCAGUAAUGAAUUGAUUAACUUUUCUAAGAAAAACAUUUAAAUGCAAAACUUGAUCAUAUUAUUAUCAGCAAACGAGGGAGUGGAACAUGGAUGUGUGUGUGCAGUUUUGCAAAGUUUUGUUGAGACCUUGAGUAAAGCCUUAAUUUAAUUUGCCAUCUUCGCUUGUGUUGAGAAACUUUGCUCGUUAGAAAUCUGUUGAACUUUAAACAUGGGCUGCAGGUAAAC